CUUAAAAACCUCUGGCAUUGAUAUCUUUCUUUCAGUGUCGUGAGAUCCUUGGUGAUUGCAGAGUGGCAGCUGUCGCUCUAAUAAAGUUUUCGAUUAACAAUUAUGUUUUAGUAAAACCUGUCUGCGGCUGCCACCUUCUUCUAAAGCAAGUCGAUAUAAAUUCCAAAUCUUUGGAUCGGUCGCACGAAGAAACAUGACACGCUCAAACCUUAACGUCAUCCUUUGGAGUUUACUCCUGGCCACUUGCUAUACGCAAAUUAAUGGAAACAGCAAUGAAACGGAACUCUUCAAUUCGGUGCAUCCUAUUAGUCGAAAUGGUAAAAUAGUGUUCGUGCACGAGGAACUAAUGAAGAAACUGGAUAGUGAGCAUGAGACUUGGCACUGGACUCCUUGGUUGAGAACGAGGCUGGAGAUCACGGACGAGGGCAUCGCCCGCGAGAUCGACUGUGUCAGUGGGGACUCUAUUGACAGUUUCCCUGAUGGAAUCUUUGAUGACGAGCAGUUGAGGCGGGGUGCUUUCCUUUUAUAUGCACUGUUUGGUAUCUACUCAUUUACGCUAUUGGCUAUUGUAUGUAAUGAUUAUUUCAUCCCUUGCGUCGAACUGAUUUGCGAUGACUUAAAAAUACCUCAGAAUGUAGCCGCGGCAACAUUCAUGGCAGUCGCCACCUCCUGUCCUGAAUUCUUUGUCAACGUUAUAUCAACAUUUUUGACUGAAUCUGACAUGGGUAUUGGAACGAUAGUCGGUUCUGCAAUCUUCAAUGCUCUCGGAGUAGCCGCUGUUGGAGGUCUUGCUGCUAUCAGGCCUAUCCCAAUAGAAGCAAGACCCGUCACCAGAGAUGUGGUUAUCUACAUGGUUAACGUCGGUGUGUUGGUAGCUUUCGUGUGGGAUGGACAGAUCGACUGGUACGAAGCUCUCGUACUGGGAAUCCUUUACAUCCUCUACUUCAUCGUUAUGUUCAAUAGCAUGAGGAUGUUUGCCGUCUACGACAGACUUGUUGCCAGAAUGUGCAAAAAGAACACAUCAGAUAUUGCUAUGGUAAUUCCUACGGAAAAUGGGAAAUCAGUCGAAGAAGGCGUUGAUAACAAAGGAUUCAGUGACGUGGAUGUUGAAUAUCCUGAGAAAGUGAAUGUCGUUGAAAAAGCUGAAGAAGAGAAUGUUAAACCCAAGAAGAGUAUAUUCCGGUGGCCCCGCGAGAACUCCUGGGUUUACAAAGUGUGGUGGCUUUACACUUGGCCUUUGAAACUAGUGUUGGGAUUCACAAUUCCAUCUCCAAUUACUUACAAGAAGUUGUACCCACUGGCUUUCUUUAUGUGCAUCGUUUGGAUCGGAGCCAACUCCUACUGUGUCUCGUGGAGCAUGACAGUUAUUGGGCAUACUUUCUUCAUUCCUGAAUCAGUGAUGGGCAUGACGUUUUUGGCGUUCGGUGGCUGUUUGCCUGAGGCGUGUUCAGUUUUCAUCAUGUCAAGGCGAGGCGAGGGUGGAAUCGGAGUAUCAAAUGCUUUAGGAGCGAAUUCUUUGGCUAUAUUGUUUGCGCUGGGUUUACCGUGGCUGAUCAAGACUCUGACGUUACUCAGUCAGGGUGCGGAUCAGACCGCCGUCCUCAUCAACUCAGCGGGCAUUGACUUCGUGGUGGGCUCUCUGCUCGUCGCUGUCGUAUGCUUGUGGAUCACGCUUUUCAUCGGCAAGUUCACCCUCAGAAGAACACUCGGUGCCGUCCUCCUAGUUCUUUACGCAGUCUUCAUCACGUUCGCAAUCCUUGUCGAAAUGGGCAUUAUCUUAGACAGGGGUAUUGAAAUAUGCUGAGUAAUUAGCACGCAGUUUCAUUGGAUUACGAUAACUGAGUUAAUCAUCAGUAGAGUUUAUUCAUUCUUCAUGGCUUAACGUAUGCUUAGACUGAUUACUUAGAUCCUGACAGUUACAAAAUGUGGAUAAAUAAUAAUAAUUGAAAAAAAUAUGUCAUGUGGAGGCGGCUUCAAGCUGUCCUUAUUUUCUUAAAUAAAAACGUAGAUUUUUUUAAUGUAGAAUUCGAUGUUGUUUUGAAAUGCAGCUCUGCUAAAGCGUGGAUGACAAAGAAGAACUGUCCACGAGUGAAAAGCUCUUAUAUUCUGGAUGUGGUAUAAAACUGAGCAUUGCCUUGGAGUAUUAGUUAGACAAUUUUAUAAUUACCAAGAGAGUAGAGAUGAACAAGGUGCGAGCUAGUCUGAUACAUGGCCGAUUUCGGCUUGCAAUUAGAUUUUUUAUGUAUGAAGUGACUGGUUAUUUUAAGUGAAAAUAGUAUGUUAAAGACUUUGAAACGUUGAACAGAGUAUAUCAACAUAUUUAUAGAUUCUCUUGAUCACUUUUGAAAAAUAUAUUUUUUAUUUAAGAUUAGGAGACAUUGGGUACAAAAGUAACAGUGGGUCGAAAGUAACAAAAUUUCAUCGUGAAACAGCGAAAAUGGCUUCAGCUGUCAUUAAAGAUCUGGUUUUCUUGAAAUGAGUAUGAUAUCUAAUAAAUGUAAAAGUACAAAAGUGUUACAUUUUCACUUGGUCUCACUUGCUGAGUCACGUGGUAGAAGUAUGGACUAUUGAUUUUUAUUUGAAAGAAAUUGUAUUAACGACAAUAAUUAUUAUAUAAUUAAAAUACAUUGAGAUAAAGUGUUAUUCUUAUAUCUAGACAUAACUUAUUGCAGUGUACUUAAAUACAUUGGAUAUAAUGCCCAGCUCCUGUAAACAGAAAGUAAUUCGUAUCACUUAUUUACAGUAACUUUGAAGCUCAUUUUGAGAGGUUCUGUCAAAAAACUGUUAUUUUAAGCAGCGCAAACUCCAUUGGAUGUUAAUUAUAUGCUAUGGAUAAAUAAAAUAUUUUUCGCCACCCCCAGUUAUUACAGCUAGAAAAGUGUACCUAGCCUUUAAGAAAAUAAGCAUCGAAAUGGUUUCCCCGUUUCCUCACUAUGGUAUAGGUAAAUAAAUAAAAUGACUCAAAGCCAUUAAGGAAAAAAAUAUUCUGAACAACAUUGUAAACAAUAAGAAUUUGCACAAUACUCAUGAUAUUCCGAGUGGCUAGAUCUUUAAACCAGGCACUCAAACCAUUUGUAGUGAUAUUUAUCUACAAUGUUGGUCAACCGUUUCAUAAAUAAACAAGGUUACAGCAUGAA